AUAGAAUUAGUUUCUUUGAAUUAAUUACCCAUGCAUGGUGUUUUUCUAGUGCGUUUUCAAGUUAUAAUGAAUUAAUAUGUUGGUUGUGAUUUCAUUUACAAUUUUGGUUGGUUUACCCAACGCAAUAUCUGACUUUGGGCUAAAUCAACAAGCGUAUACUGGUAUAAAAACAAAGGCACAAGGUUUCUUUGCAAAGACGCAUAUAGGAUGGCCAUUUGGCAAUAGAAAACAACAACCGUUUGAGAAUUUAUCUGAGUGUAAUGAAAGGCUUCACGAUGUCAGCAACGCUCAUGUUAAAUGUACGAAUAAUUUCUGCAAAGUGAUGUGUUUUGAAGGAUAUAAAUUUCCAUCUGGAGAAACAGUAUUACACAUGGCUUGUAAAAAUAACGUUUGGGUUAUUCAGAACUCCGACUUAUCCGACAUUACUGAUUGUGAACCGAUAUGUGGACCACCGUGUGAAAAUAAUGGAAUUUGUAUUGCCCCUGGUGAAUGUCGAUGUCCGGAAAAUUAUUUUGGGCCACGUUGUGAAAUUCGCAAGAAACUUUGUCUUACUAGACCUCCGGUUCCCAAAAAUUCGAGAAUAGUCUGCAAUGCAGCUUCUUGCUCGGUAACGUGUGCGAGGGGAUUUUUCUUUCCGGAUGGAAGCACGAUAACAAACCUCAAAUGUGUAGAAGGCCAGUGGAUUCCUACUAGACAAGAUUUUAAUAAAGUUCCAGAUUGCCAGCCUACGUGUGAACCGCCAUGCGAAAAUGGUGGCAAUUGUUUGGGACACAAUGUCUGUGAAUGCAUAAAUGACUUCAAAGGUCCUCAGUGCCAGUAUAGUGUGGAUCGAUGCUCGCCGAAAAAAAUGCUCUUUAAUGGAGGUUACAACUGCCAUGGAGAUAAUUUUGUUUUAACUUGCCAGCUUUAUUGCCCUUCAAAUAUUGAUUUUGAAUUCCCACCAGCAACGUUGUAUACCUGUAAAUUCUCGAAAGGGUAUUUUGAACCACGAAAUAUUCCACAAUGUGUCUAUGGUGAAAAUGUGCAAAUAAUUGGAGUAGGUGGAAAAUACGAUAAAAAGCAGGAGCAUAAAUACAAGAUAGAUAGCCAACCGCAGGAUAUAAGUUCAUGGGAAGCCACCAUCAAGAAGAUAAUAAACAAAAGGAAAAAUAUACCUGGGGUGAAAACGCAUUUUGACUACUCAACUUCAUCUGGAAUUCCCAAUGUGCAUAUCUUAUAUAACUCGCCCAAAGAAAAACGAGUACCAUCUCCUGGAAUCUGCUUCACUUGGGGUGGAAACCAUGUAAAGACGUUCGAUGGACUUCUAUUUAAAUUUCCAAUAUACUGCAGCCACGUAUUGGUGAGAGAUCACGUUGAUGAAGAGUUCAGUAUCGUUUAUAAAACUUGCCCAUCUGCCGAAACAGACUGUGCCGUCUCUCUGGAAAUUUAUUUUCAAGAUACUUUGUAUACGCUAACAACUAAAAAUGACGUCAUCGUGCUGUCUACUCCAAAAAAGCGUCUUCCAAUUCCUGUUCAAUUAAUUGGAAUUAAAGUAAUUCACGUGGGACAACAAUUGAAAAUCGAUCUAGAAGCUGUUGGGUUGGUAAUUUUGUGGGACGGAAAGCAUUAUAUAUCAAUCGAAGCGAAUGCAGGCCUUUGGAAUCGCACAUCUGGAUUGUGUGGUACGCUAGAUAUGAGUUCACACAAUGAUUUCAUGUCACGAGAUGGGUCGACUGCAUCCACAAUUAAAACAUUUAUCGACUCCUGGAAGAUAGUUGAUGACAGAGAUAAAUGUACUAUGGAGAGUUUAGAAGAGUUUCGAAAAGAAAAAGAGUGUACAUCUGAUGAAGAAAUUGAAGCUGCGAAAUUUUGCACUAAGCUUUUAGGAACCGAGCAGCUGCAGGAAUGUUUAGCCGAAUUUGAUAAAGCCCUUCUAGCUGAAUAUUGCAUGGAGGAGUAUUGCAACUGCCACAGUGAAGAUAAUCCCUCUAAUUGCAAUUGUAACGCAUUUUCCGUAUUUGUAAAGGAAUGUCAAUUUAAAGGAAAUCAAUUACGUAAUGGCUGGCGGAGCAGUGAGGUUUGUCCAAUGAAAUGUGAUAAAGAACGAGUAUAUAUGCCAUGCGGACCUGCAACUGAUACAAGUUGUGGAUCAGCAGUUGAGAAUGCGGUAGUAGAGUCCUGCAAUGAAGGUUGCUUUUGUCCUGAAGGAACACUGCAGCACCAAGGCAAAUGCAUACCCAUAGAUCAAUGCCCUUGUAGAUUGCGAAAUAAAGUAUUUGAAGCGGGUAGUGAAGUGAAAAAAGAUUGUAAUACAUGCCUUUGCAAAAACGGAAUUUGGACUUGCACAGAUAUUUCCUGUGGGGCUCGUUGUUCAGCUGUGGGUGAUCCGCAUUAUAUCACGUUUGAUGGAAGGCGCUUCGAUUUCAUGGGAAAAUGUUCAUACUAUUUAAUGAAGACCCUUAAUAUUUCUAUUGAAUCAGAAAAUAUUGUAUGUCCUGGAAGUAUUUCAGAAUCAAUGAAUUUUGAGCCCACGAGUGCAAUAGGGAUGCCAUCUUGCACUAAAUCUGUGACCAUAAGAUUUGAGAUAAAUGGAAAGGAAAUUGCAGUCACCCUAGAUCAAGGAAAUGCAAUUUAUGUGAAUAACAAACAAGUGACGGAAUAUCCAAAGGUGGUUGGAAAUGGCAUUUUAACAAUUAGAAAAGCGAGUACAAUAAUUAUCUCAGUUGAUUUUGCUGAUGGUCUGCGCGUUUGGUGGGAUGGUAUGACACGAGUUUACAUCGAUGCUCCAAGUAGCUACAGAGGAAAAACUCAAGGAUUAUGUGGCACUUUUAACUCUAAUAUGCAGGAUGAUUUCCUCACACCAGAAGGCGAUAUUGAAAAUUCAGUGGAACCAUUUGCUGAUAAAUGGAAAACAAAAGACACUUGCGAUUUUACAUCAGAAGCAAAUCCACCAGUCCAUCCGUGCCAAGAUAAUUUAGAAAAAAAAGAAAAAGCCGAGAAAUAUUGCACUAAACUUAUAGGAGAAAUUUUUGAAGGUUGUCACUGGUCGGUCGAUCCUACACCAUACUUUGAAGAUUGCAUGUUCGAUGUCUGCGCUUGUAGGGGCGACGCAUCACUUUGUUUAUGUCCAAUAUUUGCAUCAUAUGGAGCCGAAUGUAAUCGGCAAGGAGUUAUUACGAAUUGGAGAUACCAUGUAAAAGAAUGCGCCAUCGAAUGUCCUUUGGGGCAAAUUUUCGAUGAAUGCGGUGACAGUUGUUUACGUACAUGUGAGGACUUGGCUUCUAAAGAUGUUUGUAGGGGACAUUGUGUUGAAGGGUGCCGAUGCCCUCCUGGCCAGUAUCUAAAUAGCAAAAAUGAAUGUAUUCCUGAAGAACAAUGCCAAUGCAUGUACGAUGGACUGAAUUUCAACAACGGAUAUAAAGAAGUUAGACCAGGACGCCAAUUUUUGGAACUUUGUACUUGCUCAGCAGGUCUUUGGGAUUGUGAAGUUGCGAAUCAUCGAGACCGAGAAUUAUAUCCCCCAGCCAGUGAAAUGAAGGAGAAGUGCGCCGAAAAGGAAUUCGCUGAAUUCACUAAAUGCCUUCCAGUUGAGCUCAAAACCUGCAAAAAUAUGCAUGCCUACAACGAAAAAUUUGAUGAAGAUUGCAAUCCUGGCUGCGUUUGUAUGGAUGGAUAUGUUUUAGAUGUUUCAGCUCAUAAAUGUGUUUCACCUGAAAACUGUUCUUGCCACCAUGGGGGCAAAAGUUACAAUGACGGUGAUUCUUUCAAAGAAGACUGCACCACAUGCAAAUGUAAGUCUGGAAAGUGGGACUGCAUUUCCGAAAACUGUGCAGCGACCUGUAGUGUGUGGGGUGACUCUCACUUCACUACAUUCGAUAAAAUGGAUUUUGACUUCCAGGGCGUAUGCGAUUAUGUUCUAUCUAAAGGCACUUUGUCUGGAGGAGAUGGAUUCAGUGUAACAAUUCAGAAUGUACUCUGUGGCACGAUGGGUGUAACUUGUUCGAAGUCCGCGAAAAUAUCUUUAUUUGGCCAAUUGACCGAUUCGAUUCUGUUGUCAUCAGACUCCUCUAAAAGCAAACAUCUAGAAAAUAGCAAAAAUUCACGGAACUCAGGCCCGAAUGGAUUUGCAAUUUAUAAAUCUGGAAUUAUGACCACUGUUGAGGUUACAGGACUAGGAUUACAAAUUAAGUGGGACCAUGGGACCAGGCUUUAUGUGAAAUUGAGUGAUCAGUGGAAAGGCAGGACCAGUGGACUUUGUGGCAACUAUAACAACGAUGCUCAAGACGAUAUGAUAAAUCCCUCACAAGGACAGGAAACUAGUUCAUUACUUUUCGGCCAUUCCUGGAGGUUACAAGAAUUCUGUUCAUUGCCUUCUAAACAAAUAGCUGCUUGUUCCGAGCACCCUGAAAGAAAACUAUGGGCUCAUAAAAAAUGUGGCAUCUUAAAGUCCAAAUUAUUCCAGCCAUGCCAUUCGGAAGUUUCCAUUGAUAGGUACUUCAAGCGAUGUAUUUUCGAUGCAUGUGCAUGCGACAAAGGAGGAGAUUGCGAAUGCCUUUGCACAGCUAUAGCGGCAUAUGCUGACGAAUGCGCAAGCAAAGGCACGCCCAUUAAAUGGAGGUCGCCAGAGUUUUGCCCAAUGCAAUGCGAUGAGUCAUGUUCGGUAUAUAGCUCCUGUAUAUCAGCAUGUCCGUUAGAAACAUGCGACAAUUACUUGGAGCACGAUCAAUUUAAAAAAAUGUGCAGUUCCGAAGCCUGUGUUGAAGGCUGCAGCAUCAAGCCUUGUAAAGAAGGCUAUGUAUAUUCAAACAGUUCCUACACUGAAUGUGUUCCCAAAAAGAAUUGCAAACCUAUCUGUAUGGAAAAGGAUGGUACCAUAUAUUAUGAAGGAGAUAUAAUUCGAGCAGAUGAAUGCCAUACUUGUCGAUGCUCACGCCAGAAAGAAAUGUGUAGUGGAGCUCCAUGUUCGCAAACUCAAACACCAGAAAUGACCGCUGCAACCGAGCGACUCUUUGCAAUGGAAGAAUCUCAGUGCACCGAAGGAUGGACCGACUGGAGCAACGCUGACCCUGCGCCAUCCUCUAAAAAAACUAAAGGGGGGAGACCCUCAUUAAUGAAGCAAAAUGACAUUGAGCCUAUACCAAAAUUUUUGUCAGCACUUUCGUUGUUUGGAUUUGGAUCGUGCGCACCCCAGUUUAUGAAAAAAAUUGAAUGUCGAGUAGUUGGAACAAAUCAAAGUGUUAAAGAUACGGAAGACAACUCUUAUUGUUCUCUUGAAAAGGGGUUAAUUUGCAUUGGGCCUUGUCAUGAUUACGAAAUACGAGUAUACUGCGAUUGUGGCAGGAUGACCACAGCAAUUGAAUCAUUUACAGAAGCUUCAACAAAGUCGUCUAUGUGCAGUAUGACUGAUCCCUUCGUUGAAUACCCAGAUGAUUGUUUCAAAUUUCAAUUAUGUGAGCAACAAGCGGAUGGUUCUUGGGAUUAUGUAGAGAAAACUUGCGGUCCAACCAUGAUGUUUAACCCCGUAACCAAGUCUUGCGAUUGGAAGAGUUCGGUCCAAGAAAUUAAGCCUUUCUGCAAAAAGUAUGCUCCUGAACUCGUUACAACAACUGAGCAGUCUUUGAAGACUUCUGUUAGUGAGAAGAUACCAAUUAAAAACUGCGACCCCGAAACCCCACACGUUGAAUACCCCGGCGAUUGCUUCAAAUUCCGGCAUUGUGUACAGCAAAGUGACCAUAGCUGGCAAUAUACUGAAAAAACGUGCGGGCCAACAAUGAUGUUCAAUCCAUCCAAACUAGUAUGCGACUGGCCAGCGAAUGUUCUCAAAAUUAAACCUCAGUGUGGAACUAUCGAACCAUUUGAAGAAGCUAAACAAUGUCCUGAAGGUCAAGAAAUGUCGGAUUGUGGUAUACCAUGCGGAAAGGCAUGCCACUAUUAUCAAAAGCAACUAUACGAACAACAACUCUGCAAACCCUACAGUGCAUCUUGUGAGCCUGGUUGUAUAGAAGAAGGUCUGUCAAUGCAUUGCAAUCAUAACGAAUUGCGGAGAGACAAAAGAACAUGUGUCAAAAUUUCUGACUGCCCAUGUAUGAGCCACAGUGGAAAAUUCGUCAAGCCAAAUGAUAUAUUCGAGGAAUCUGAAUGCGAAAUCUGCCAGUGCCUAGAUAAUUCGUAUGUCUGUUCGAAAUUACCUUGCGAAAAAGAAGAACUAGUUUUGGGUUUUACAACUCCAUCCGUUGAGGAAGUGGAAAUUAGCGACCUAGUAACGGAGAAGUCUGUCAUCGUUCCGACCGUUGUGACACCACCAAAAAAAUGCAGCCUGGAAAUGCUUGCACCAGUAAUUGAUGGUGAUACAAAACUACCUGAUUCAGUAUUCACUGCUAGCAGUAUCCUCGGAUCAAGUUUUCUGCCACAAUUUUCUCGACUUAACAGCAGGCCUACGGAAACCGCUAGCGGUAGCUGGUCACCAAUGCUGAACGAACCAACACAAUAUCUUCAAAUUACCUUGCCAAAAGCAAUACCAUUAUAUGGAGUAAUUAUGCAAGGAAGCCCCAUUUUUGAUCAAUACGUGACAAGUUUUAAAAUAUUAUACAGCUUCGAUGGAGAUGCUUUUCAUUACGUCACCGAUGAAAGUAGUGCGCCACAACUUUUCAAUGGACCAAUAGAUCCAAGAACGCCAAUACAAUCCAUAUUCAAGGUUCCGAUAGAAGCGAAAAUUGUCCGUAUAUGCCCAAUUAAAUGGCAUGGCGGUAUUUCGAUUAGAGUUGAACUACUUGGAUGUUCGAGAAGAUCUGAUACGCAGGUAGAAGACUCACAAACUGAAACGACAACGAGUACGCCAUUUACAGAAGAUUUAACACAGAUUAUAAUAGAAGAUAAUGUGGAGCCUUUAUGCGAUGAGCCCAUGGGAAUUGAAAAUGGUGAAAUGUCUCCACGGCAAGUCAGCUCAAGCAGUAUCAGACCAAAUUAUAAAGGUGAAGUGCCAAAUUUGUUGGAAUUGUUAAAACUGACUUCACCAAAUGGAUGGCAGCCGACUCUAAAUUCCCCCAAUGAAUUUAUUAUGUUUGAUUUCUUGGAACUUAGAAAUAUAACAGGUCUGAAAACCCAAGGCGGACAACAAGGAUGGGUUACAGCAUUUAGUCUUCUAUAUUCAAAUAAUGGUUACAUUUGGAAUCAAAUUCUAACAAAGAAUGGUGUACCGAAAAUAUUUUUGUCAAACAACGACGCAGAAACACCUAAAACAAAUUACUUCAAAUAUCCAAUUCAAACACGAUAUAUUAAGAUUGCACCAAUAAAGUGGGAAAAUGUUAUUGAAAUGAAAGUGGAACCUCUUGGUUGUUUCAUUCCAUAUUCUGAAGUUAAGGAGCCAAUUGUGGAAGUCGAUACUAAAUUGCCUAUUGAAUCCAUCAAAAUAUGUCCUGUUUGCCCAGGGGUCGAUAUGUCUAUGGAUUUCCCUGAUGGAUCAGCAUGUAAAUGUGAACCGCCGAAAUUCUGGAAUGGAAAAGCUUGUAGUGACAGGAGUCAAUGUCCAUGCUUCGUCGGACAUAUCCGGUAUGAUGUUGGAGCACAAUAUCAAUCUGAUGAUUGUUCGCAAUGCGUAUGUGUUUUGGGAGGCGUACCCCAGUGUAAACCUCAGAAGUGCCCACCUUGCAAAGAAGGUCUGAGACCAGGAAAAUCGAUCAACUGCGCUUGUACGUGCGAAUCAUGCCCAGAAUUUCAGAAACUUUGCCCAACUAGUGGUGACUGUAUUCUGGAAAGCUUCUGGUGUAAUGGAAUCCAAGAUUGUGCAGAUGAUGAGUUAAAUUGCACACAAGUUGAAUUUAGUGUGAAGGAAACACCAAAUAGAACUGACAACCUAAAUAUUACCAAAGUUUGUCCUGAGCCACAAUGCCCUCCUGGUAUGAAAAUAGAGAGUAAAAAAUCUAGGCGAAAAAUGUCUCCAAUUUUCGAGUCCAGCUUCAAAUCUUCACGCAAAGGUGGACUGCAUGGAAAUAAAUAUCAGCAAAUGUCAAAAAGUGCUCGAAAAAUAAACUUCAUUAAAACAAAACAAGAUAGCAAGAAAAAAGGAAAACUAUUUAAAAAAUUGAAAUUCCUUUCGGCUGAAAUUUAUAAUGAAACUUCUGCCGAUGACUCUUGUUUCGAGUUCACAUGUACACCUCUAUCACGACCAGUUAUUACUAAGGAUAAAAAGCAAAUCGUUCGUUGUCCAAAUCCUGAGUGUCCCUCAGAAUAUUAUAUUGAGGAGGAACUCACGCUAGCCACAAGACCAAACGAAUGUCCUAAAUAUACAUGCGUCCUUCGACCUCAGAAAGACGCCGUCUGUUUGAUAAAUGGACGCUCUUUUAAAACAUUCGAUGGUACUGAAUAUAAAUACGAAAUAUGCAAUCAUACACUUGCCAGGGAUAUGAUCAAUCAAAAGUGGUCUAUAAUAUUGGUUAAAAAUUGCAGUGAAGGUGGCUUCAUAUGUCGAAAGCAAUUGAUUGUAAACAACUUUGAAGAGAAUUUAACUCUAGUUCUUAACACUGAUUUGACCGUGACAAUCGGUCAAUUCAAAUUUCUAGCACGCCAAUUGGAGAAAUCCCCUCUUAUUAAGUCAACAUUUGAAAUAUCACAACCAGGCAACGCAAUUCUUCUCAUAUCAAUGCCCUAUGGAUUCUGGCUUUCGUAUGAUACUGGUGGAAACGUUAAGAUUGGGGUUUCUUCCAAGAUAAUCGGAGCAGUCGAUGGCCUCUGUGGUUAUUUUAAUGACAUUAUUGAUGAUGACAAAAGCCUUCCUAAUGGAACAAUUACCGAUAGCACUAUGGAGUUUGGUGAUUCCUGGUUUAUUGGUUUUGAAUCGAAUGAAAUAUGCAAGCCACAAGCAUGUGCUAAGGACAUACAAAAAGCUGCCUUGGAGAUUUGUAACUCAAUUAGAGACGAAAUAUUUCGCUCAUGUGAAAGUGCUGUUGACUACAAUCGCUACAUUUCAAAAUGUAUAGAAUCAACCUGUGAUUGCAUGAAAUCAUCAAAGGAAGAGCAUGACAUCGCUAGAAAACAAUGCAAGUGCGAUAUAUUAGGAACUUUUGUAAGAGAGUGCAUUGCGUCUAAGCCGAACCUAGAUAUACCUAACUGGAGGCUCACAUUUGGAUGCGAAAUUGCUUGUUCUCCUCCGUUUGUCUAUAAUGAUUGCUUUAAACGAAAAUGUGAACCAUCUUGUGAAAACAUGAAGGCUGGAAGUUGCCCUCCAAUUCCAAAUGUGUGCUUUGCAGGUUGUUAUUGCCCAGAAGGAAUGGUUCGCGAGGGGAAAAAAUGUAUUCCAAUAUCUGAAUGCAUGGAUUGCAAUUGCGACGGUUUUGGAAAAUCAAAAUACAUAACAUUUGACAGACAAAACUUUACAUUCGAAGGGAAUUGUACAUACUUACUUUCACGGAAUAUACUUCCAAAUGAACCAAAUACAUUCGAGGUAUAUGUUAAACUUGGUAGUUGUAAAAUUCACGACCAGAAGCACAUUCCAAAAACCAAAUCAAAAUUUAAACAACGAAAGUUACCAAGUGGAUCAAACGGCUGCAUCCUGGGCUUAUAUAUUCUGAAUGAAAAACACACAGUGCAGCUUCAAAAGGACAUAAAGGGAAAAUUCAAUAUCAGCAUUGAUGGAGAUCAUAUCGAAAGCCUUCCAUUUAAAGCAGACUGGAUACAUAUGAAAGAAACUACGGGGCAAGAAAUUCUUGUGUCGCUCAUUCGAGCUACUGUUCAAAUAAUGGUCACUUACCCUGAUUUAGCAUUCACGAUACGUCUUCCAAGUGCAAAGUACGGGUCUAAGUUAGAAGGCUUAUGUGGCGACUGCAAUGGCGACCCAUAUAAUGAUUUGCAAAUUAAUCCAAAGCAGCAACAGGAAACCACCCCAGAGUUAACAAUAGAAAAUAUUGUUGAUAGUUGGCAAAAUGAUAAAUUAUAUCUGGGAUCAGACGAAAAAAUUGCUUGUAGUUCCAAACAACAGUCAUUAGAAGAAUGUGUCCCUCCCCCUACCGAGAAAGAUCCUUGCAUGAAAAUUAUGGACCAGGAUAUAUUCGGACAAUGUCAUAUAUUAGUUGAUCCAACUAUGUACGCAUCAGCUUGUCAAGAUGAAAUAUGCAAAGCUGGUAACAGUGAAAACGUAAUAUGUGAAACUUUAUCAGCAUACGCCAAAGAGUGUUUCCGACAUGGCAUCUGCAUUGAUUGGCGGAAAGCAGAAUUAUGUCCAUUUAAAUGCCCUUCUGGUUUAAAUUAUAAACCAUGCAGUUGCAUUAAAACUUGUGAUGUUAUUAAAGAAAGGGGAAUAUCAAAAACGAUCAAACUUGGUACCAAAUCAUCCUUAAAAAAUAUUGAAUCUCAAAAAUUAUGUACUUUAACGCAAAUGGAAGGAUGCAUUUGCCCUGAUGGGCAAGUAUUAAAUGGAACUAAAUGUAUUCGUGAACAACAAUGUGUACAGUGUGAUGACGGACAUUAUGCAGGAGACACCUGGCGUGCAGAUAAAUGUACAGAAUGUAACUGCGAUACAAGGGGCAAAAUAAUAUGCACCAAACAGGAGUGCUCUGUAAUUGAGAAAAUUUGCGAAGACGGCUUUACUCCGGUUGAAACAAGCGACUCAGAUGCUUGCUGUUCUAAAUUUAUAUGCGUUCCCAUUCCCACGGUACCGACUCCUAUUACUUGCCCUAAGCCAUUAAUGCCGGCCUGUGGACCUGAUCAAUUGAAAAAGUCAAAAACUGGACCCGAUAACUGCGUGCAGUAUUUCUGCGAAUGUAAACCGUUUUCGGAAUGUGCACCUGCGAACUUGUCACGAGAACUAAAAGUGGGCGAAGUGAUCGUUAAUAAUUCUAUGGGAUGUUGUCCUACAUUCGAAAUAUUAUGUGAUGAAUCAAAAUGUCCAAUCAAGCCAAAUGGCUGCGAGAAAGCCAUUCCACGAAAUAAUUGAAAAAAAAGAGGAAGGAAACUGCUGCAGAGAAUUUCUGUGUGUACCACCGAAGGACGCAUGCUUAGUUCCUACAAACGAUACGACCUUAUUGAAAAAAAUAGGAGAAAAAUGGCAUUCAAAUCAACCGUGUCUAUCAUAUACCUGCUCAUAUGGCCCUGAUGGAUUACCACUAGUAAUAGGC